CGUGGUUUGCACCAUAGGUGUGCCAGGAAGACGUCCGUUUCAGGUGGUUACGGCAUUCCAAGCCCGCGAGGACACAGGAAGAGACACCUGGAUCUAACCUCAACGACUGCAAAUAUUUUUUAUUGCUUCCAAACACUAAGUUACAGAUUGAGGGUUUGUAACUUUAUAAAACUGUAAAGGGGAAGAAAGAAACAAGGUACAGAAUUGUUUGGGAUCCUGUUGGACUCCUGCUGGAGAGUUUCUGGAGAUGUAUUCCGCCAGAUAUGAAUACGACGGACGCAAUGACAACCACGAACGGAUCGACUUCUUAACCAGCAAAGAGAAAGUAUCAUCAAAGCGGAAGGUUGGCAUCCUGAUCGGGGUUCUAGUGGCGCUUCUCAUCCUCGCGGCUGUUGCAGCGGUCCUCAUCUGGCUGUUUGUCUUUAAAGAUGCAAAUUCAGAAGCCACCAUCAGUAAGAAGCUCCGCCCAUCAGUACAGGUGUUCAGUGGGCAUAUGGAGCUGGUUGAUGUGCCAUAUGACCAGAAGCUGGAGGACACCAACAGCAAGGAAUUCAAGGAUUUGGCAGAAAACCUGCAGGCAACACUGGGGGAAAUCUUCAAGACAGAUCCAUUUCUUGGAGAAUACUACGCUAAGUCUGUCAUCACUGCAUUCAGUGAGGGUGUGAUAGCCUACUAUUGGUCUCAGUUUGAUAUUCCAGUUGAUGACCUGGAGAUCGUGCCGGAGUUCUCUGAAGAGCGGGUGUUAGAGACACUGGAGAAUGGCAUUAAGGGGCAGCGCAGCAUGAGGAGCACCAAAAAUAUCAAGAUCAGCAAAGUCACUGCCUCACUCACAGAUCCUCGCAUGGCCAGGGACCCCAGAGCCGUGGGGUGUUUCCAUCAUCUGGAGGCUGGAGAAACGGCGAAAGAAUUUUCAUCUCCAGGUUACCCCAUCAGCUACCCCCCAAGGUCCCGGUGUCAGUGGCAAAUCCGAGCCUCAGAGAACCACGCCAUUUCUGUCAGUUUCCCUUUCUUCCACAUCGAGGAUGACUGCUCUGAUGACUUUGUCUUCAUCUAUGAUUCUUUGAGUCCAGAUGAUUCUCAGGCCAUCACAGAGAAGUGUGGUCAGAGGCCCCCCUCCAACCCUCUGGAGGUGGUGUCAUCUGGAAACAUCAUGCUCAUCAACAUGAUUACUGACAGUGACGUCCAACGGCCUGGCUUUCAGGCCAAGUAUAAAGCCAUCCCAAUAUCUAAAGUUAAAAGCUGCGGUGGCGUCCUCGCUGAAAGCACAGGAGUCUUCACUUCCCCACUUCACCCCAGCUUCUAUCCCCCUGCCAUGGACUGCAAGUGGACCAUUAAGGUCCCUGCUGGCAAAAAGGUGCGGGUGAAGUUCACCAUGUUCCGCAUGAAAGAGCCUCAGGUGGAUAUCCGUGUGUGUCACAAAGACUAUGUGGAGGUUAUGGGCGUCAAGUAUUGUGGGGAGCUGUCCUCUUUGGCUUUGACCAGUCAGACCAAUGUUCUAGAUGUGACCUUCCACUCCGAUGAGUCCUACACUGACAAAGGCUUCAGUGCUGAGUACAGCGCCUAUGAUCCCGCAAACCCUUGUCCCAACAUGUUUGCCUGCAACUCUGGCAUCUGCAUCGGGAAAGAACUGCAGUGUGAUGGCUGGAAUGACUGCGGUGACAUGAGCGACGAGAUGAAGUGUCAUUGUGGGAAGGACCAGUUUUCUUGCGGGAAUGGGUUGUGCAAACCGAAACUCUGGGUGUGUGAUCGCGUCAAUGACUGCGGAGAUGGCAGCGAUGAGAAACGGUGCAAUUGUGAGGAGAAUGAGUGGCGCUGUGGGAACGGGGUUUGUCUGCCUCAGGAUGUUGUGUGUAACAAUAAGAAGGACUGCGAAGAUGGAAGCGACGAGGCCUCUUGUAAAACCUCUCCGGGCAUCUGCUCUGACUUCAGCUUCAAGUGUAACAACGGUGACUGUGUCAACAAGGUGAACGCCGAAUGUGACCGCGUCAAUGACUGCUCUGACAACUCAGAUGAGGCCAACUGCAAUUGUGGCACCAGGCCCUAUAAGCUGAACCGCAUUGUAGGAGGGCAGAAUGCUGAGCUCGGGGAAUGGCCCUGGCAGGUCAGCCUUCACUUCCUGACAUAUGGACAUGUUUGUGGUGCCUCAAUCCUCUCGGAAAAGUGGCUCCUUUCGGCGUCCCACUGCUUUGUCACCCACGACCCAGCGAACCACAUUGCAUCCAACUGGCAAACAUACAGUGGCAUGCAGGACCAGUACAAGCAGGAUGGCGUACAGCGCCGCCCAGUAAAGAGGAUCAUCAGCCACCCGGAUUACAACCAGAUGACCUUUGACUAUGACAUUGCACUGCUGGAGCUCACCGAGCCGUUAAAGUUCGAGAAUACCAUCCAACCCAUCUGCCUACCCUCUUCCUCCCACGUCUUCCCUGCAGGCAUGUCCUGCUGGGUCACGGGCUGGGGCGCGCUCCGAGAAGGAGGUCAAAAGGCACAACUUCUGCAGAAGGCUUCGGUGAAAAUCAUCAAUGACACGGUGUGUAAUGUGGUCACGGAGGGCCAAGUCACCUCAAGGAUGCUCUGCAGCGGAUUCUUGGCUGGAGGAGUUGACGCAUGCCAGGGAGACUCCGGUGGUCCCCUGGUGUGUUUCGAGGAGAGUGGGAAGUGGUUCCAGGCCGGCAUAGUGAGCUGGGGUGAGGGCUGUGCUCGUCGGAACAAGCCCGGUGUCUACUCCCGCGUCACCAAACUCAGAGAGUGGAUCAAGAAGGAGACAGGGAUUUGAGGAUGUUGUGAGGAACAGGGAGGGAUGCAGAGCGGAGAACAACAUCAUAGUGCUAAAAAAAAAUAUGAAGAUGGAACAUUUGAGUCUGAUUAAGGACAAGUCUCUCCAAGAUGUAUUCAUUUAGCAGCAGACUCACACUGAGGAGACUGUUGCACGGACCUUGAUGAAUGACUUAAAGCACUUUAUGUGGUUGCCAAACCCCUUUUUCCCCUGUCCUCCCUCUCACACACUCACUGUACACACACAUACAUAUAAACCACAUCGACUUACAUUUUGUAUAGUUUUUAAGGGCGUAAAUCAGUGCAGUGUCUUUUACCCACAUCAAUCAUGUCAUGUUUCACUUGUUAAGAGUAAUUAUAUAUAUAUAUAUAUAUAUAUAUACUUUUUAAGUUGGAGGCAGAAUAUGAACUUUUUUGGAUUUGUUUUUUUUUACAGUGUUUCUAAAUACAAUAUCUCUCCAAGAAAAAGUAAAAUUCUUCAAGACCAAGUGUUAUGUAUUUCUAAAAAGGUAAAAUGUCUUCAUCUUUUUGGGCGGCAGUUAAUUUUGCACUUUGUCAGUAGCUCAUGCUGUAGAUAGCUUUAAAUUUGGGGUUUUAUUUAUCAAGUAUCUUAAAGGAACAUAAUGCUAGUUUUAGUCGUUUGCUACAAGGCACUCACACAUUACUGCCAACCAUUUUCCAAAGCAUAGCAUAGGUUUUUAGGUUGAUUAAAGCUUUUUUAUCUACUUAUCUGCUAGGCAGCCAUUAGUUUCAGUUUUUAUCAGUAAAGUAUAAAUUUCAACUUGCCGAGACAACCGCAUUACCAUGUGAUGAUAAUGCAAGUUUGACAAAAAACAAAAAUGCUUAAAACUCUGAAGGUGCAUUUUCAUAUUAUACUUAAAUGAAUGAAAAGCAGUAGCUGCCUGUAAGGUAUAAAAUGCAUUAAUCAAUCUAAAAGCCCAUGGUUUGCUUUGGAAAAUUGCCAGCAGUGAUGUUAAGUAUACCAGACUUGUAGUUAGUGGGCUAAAAAAAACAGCAAAAACAGCAGCAUGAUCCUUGAAGAAUGCUGAUCUGAGACCGGAGGGAUGCUUAAGUUGUUUUAAGUUAUUGUUGAUCUUAACAGGGGUUCUGAGUAUUUCUGUUUUAUAUUUACAAAUGCUUACUGGCCUUGCCAGGUCUGUGAAUGAUUUGCCAAAAUGUUAUAUUCAAAAGCGGGGCGGAGGAUGAGGAUUAGAUCCAGUUGGCUUUUGCACAGGUCUCCAGUUAAGCUCAGGGUGAUUGGGGUCUUCAGUCACACACACCUGAGAGCUGAAGCAAAUCCAAGGGGUUUUCACUGGUUGCCAGAGCAAUGCAAUGAGCUCUUAUCCCAGUGAGUGUCUCUUCUCUUCGGCCAUGAUCACCUCAAUCAACUUUUUAAUCUAAGAUUUGACUGGAUGGCUUCUUUUACACCAUUUGCCUUCAUCUCUGACUUAUCCUGGAAAUAUUAUAUCCCGGAUAAGCAAACCAAAGAUUAGUAUUAUUUAUUGAAGGGGAAAAAAAUUAAUGAGGAUAUUGCUCUGUGGGCCUUUUAUAUUAAUUCCAUAGAGCCUUACAGUUAAACAUUGCAAGUCUAAAUGUGUAUUUUUCAGAAAGUAUAGGCCAAGUUUUAGAUAGAUUUCAUUGUACACUGUGACUCUGAUUUGAAUUAUUGACACACUUUAUAUCCUUUCUUUGUUUGUUUGUGUAUGUUUUUAUAUGAAAGAAUCAUGGUAAUAAACAUCUUUUAUCUGAUUCCUCAGUACCUAAUUACA